AAUUUCAAAAGCUUACCUUUUAAAUCAUUCGUGAAUCGACCUAAUAAAUGAAUUUAUUGACUUUGCUUUCACGUCGUUUAAUUGCUCAUAAUAAAGGCUUUAAUACCAUUCCCCGUGUACAAAAAGUGGGAAUGUCUAGUGAAGUUGAUAAGGCACAAAAGGCAGGGCCGGUUGGAGAUACCAUUUUUGGUAAGAUCCUUCGCAAAGAAAUUCCAUGUGAAUUUAUUCACGAAGAUAAGAAAUGUGUGGCUUUCCACGAUAUCAAUCCUCAAGCUCCUACUCAUUUUUUGGUAAUACCGCGAAAGCCAAUCACGAUGUUAUCAGAUGUCGAAGACGACGAUGAAGAUUUACUCGGUCAUUUGAUGUUAGUUGGCAGUAGAGUUGCCAAAAAGUUGGGUCUGGAUAAUGGCUAUCGUGUAGUAAUUAAUAAUGGGAAGGACGGCGCUCAGUCUGUAUAUCACUUGCACUUGCACUUUCUAGGAGGUCGCCAAAUGAAAUGGCCUCCAGGCUAAGUGACCUUUCCCUGCAGUUCAUUCAAACAAACCUCUUUAAUGUUUGAAUUUCUUUAUAUUAAAUAAACAUACAACUUUUGAUGCGAUUA